AGUGGUGUUCGCAGUGAGUGUUAUUGAGAGACGGAGAAGCGGAGACGCGAGGGAACUAGUUCACUUCUUACCGUAUUUAUUAAACAGAUUCACUCUUUACGGCGCUGCUUGUGAAACUCUCGGUUUAUUUCUCACCGGUUACGUGGAUUUAUGUCGGUUAUGUCGGAGUUAAGGGAUGCGGCGUGUUGCACGAAAGACAGGAGGCUUUAAAUCAGACCGUCCGCUGUUUUUCUCUUCUCCGCGCUCGGUAUCGCGAUACUCCGGUUCUCAUUGUCACAUACCGAUACCAGGCUGUUUGGCUGGAAUUUUCUCUACCGACCGGGAACUUCAGCUACAUUUUUGAGGGUUGUUUUUGGAGCAAAUGGAAGCUGUUAUGGAGAAAGAGUGCAGUGCUCUAGGAGGGCUCUUUCAGGCUAUCAUUAAUGACAUGAAGAGCAGUUAUCCCGUCUGGGAAGACUUCAUCAGUAAAGCAGGAAAACUACAGUCUCAGCUGAGGACGACGGUGAUGGCUGUGGCCGCUUUCCUGGACGCCUUUCAGAAAGUAGCUGACUUGGCCACCGGGACACGAGGAGGCACCAGGGACAUCGGCUCGGCUCUGACCAGGAUGUGUAUGAGGCACAGGAGCAUUGAGGCCAAGCUGAAGCAGUUCUCCACGACGUUUAUCGACUGCCUCAUUAACCCUCUUCAGGAGCAGCUGGAGGAGUGGAAGAGAGGCGCAAACAUGCUAGAUAAGGACCAUGCCAAAGAAUAUAAAAAAGCCCGGCAGGAGAUUAAAAAGAAAUCCUCUGACACUCUGAAACUGCAGAAGAAAGCUAAGAAAGCUGAUGCAAUGGGGAGAGGGGACAUCCAGCCUCAGCUGGACAGCGCCGUCCAGGAUGUGACGGAUAAAUACCUGCUGCUGGAGGAGACGGAGAAGCAGGCGGUGAGAAAGGCACUGAUAGAGGAGAGAGCUCGCUACUGCAUCUUCGUCUCCAUGUUGCGGCCCGUGGUGGAUGAGGAGAUGGCCAUGCUGGGGGAGAUCGUCCAUCUUCAGACCAUCGCAGAGGACCUCAAAUCUUUGACUAUGGACCCCCACAAACUGCCCCCAGCCAGUGAACAGAUCAUCCAUGACCUGAAAGGUUCAGAUUACAGCUGGUCCUACCAAACGCCUCCUUCAUCCCCAAGCACCACCAUGUCCAGAAAGUCCAGCAUGUGCAGCAGUCUGAACAGUGUGAACAGCAGCGACUCGCGCUCCAGCGGCUCACUGUCUCAUUCGUCCUCCCCGCUCUAUUGCUACCGCAGCAUCGCCGUGCCGCAGCAGGUUCCCGCCCGCCUCGCCAGCGUCUCCUCACAUGACUCGGGUUUCGCCUCGCACGAUGCCUUCCAGUCCAAGUCGCCUUCACCCAUGCCUUCUGACCCCAGCUCUCAGCUAUCAAACGGCUAUGACCACUACGGCCCUGCUGAGGCCUCAUACCCGUCCGGAGUGGCCUUUCCCUUCCCUCCAAAUCCCUCCUCCUACUCUUCCCCCUCCUAUUCUUCCUCCACUCUGAGGACGUGGUCGAGGCCGUGCUCAUCGCUGAUGCCCGAUUUCCCCCAUUACUCCACGCUGACCCCCGGCAUGCUCCCCCCAUCCUCCAAGAUCCCCAGCUGGAAGGACUGGGCUAAACCGGGCCCGUACGACCAGCCCAUGGUGAACACACUGAGGAAGAAGAAGGAGCCGAAGGAGGCGAUGGAUUCAAACGGCUCGUACCAGCCGGCAUUAAACUCCACACAGCCCGAGGACAAUCAGAACCCCAGGAGCAUCGCUAAUACACCAAAUGAGGUUCAGCAGGAUUUGGCUCUGGCUUUCUCUCGUGGUCUGCAGUUAGAUGCACAGUGCUCCAGUAGAGACUCACUUCAGUGUUCAAGUGGAUACAGCACUCAAAGUACCACACCCUGUUGCUCAGAGGACACCAUCCCCUCUCAGGUGUCUGAUUACGAUUAUUUCUCGGAGCAGCAGGACUUUGAUAAAUCCUCCACAGUCCCACGGAACAGCGACCUCGGACAGAGUUACCGCAAACUGUUCCAGACCAAACGUCCUGCCUCCACCGCCGGCAUCCCCUACGUACCCGCUGUCCCAGGUGUGGCCACCAUCCGCCGCACACCUUCCACCAAACCCUCGGUGCGCAGGGGCACCGGCCCCGUCCCCAUCCAGACCCCAGUAAUCCCUGUCAUGACCCCUACCGUGCCAGACUUCAUGGAGGCGGCACCCAACGAGGAGGCAGAACCGAGCGAAGUGGACGUAGAGCCGGAGACUGUUCUGCCGGUGGAGACGUGGAGCGGUCAGGCGUCCACUAACCCGCCCCUGUCUGCCACCUGCGAAGAGCACGAUGGUACGAUGGAGGAGGGAGGCACUAUGCUGCAGUCCAUUCGGAGAGGAGUGCGACUGAAGAAGACCACUACCAACGACCGCUCGGCUCCUCGCAUCCCAUAAUACUCCAACAUUCACAUCCAUCAGAAACAUUCACCAUGGUAACAGAGGGGAGACUCACACCUCUCCUGUCCUUAAUUUAUUUUACUCUUAGAACAUUCUUUUCUGUUGUCUUUUCCGGACUAUAAGCCAACAAAAAUUCUGUAUUUUUAUAAAAAAAUAUAUAUAUUAAAGACUCUUAAGUGUAAAAGUUACGUUAACACAGGAGUUGAGGUGCAGCACCAUUUACUGUUUGUCCUGUUAGUGUUGCCUUAGUUACUGUCCCUCAAAUAGCAAAUUAUAUAGAGCUAACGCUAAUCUGGUGUCUUUCACCUUUUGUUUGUUGUUACACAGAAAAUGUGUAAAUGUAUUAGUUAGAGAACAGUAAAGAAAAAUACAAACAGUUCAUUUAAAUUCACAAAUCAAAACGUUUAAUUCAAAAACUGAAUGAAAUAAGGCUAGCUUCGUGAUGGAACUGAUGACUGAUCUCACCGUUUCUGCUCCUUGUAAAUAAUUAUUCGUUAAACAGAUCGGAUUUGUUAGUGUUUACUUUUCUCCUGGUGUCUACACAGCAAUGGUUCAGAUUUUUUUAAAAUAUAUAAAUAUUUAUGUGAUGCAUCAUAACCUUUAGCUAGCUGGCUAACGUUAAGCAAGUGACUAUGUACAAGCUGUGAAGCUGCGAUACAUUAAAAGAGUUUUAACAAACGACUCAAACGUGUAACCUGGCUGCUAAUCAGAACACGGACACUGUGUACCUGUACAAAAUUCCACAUUUACUUAUUCAGGAAAUCGUACACUAAUUGGUUUAAAAUAGAGUUGCUAAUCUAGCUACACUAGUGGCUAACAGCUAGCCUGUGCUUAUAGAGACCGUAACUAGUGCAGUAGCAGGUCUACAGUGACAACGCUAAUGUUCAUGAUUUUCAUGUUUUAGCUUCAGAUAGAAUGCAGAAAUAUAAAUCGGAGCAGAGAAACGGUUCUUAUAGUCCAGAAAAUACGUUUUAUUCCUUUUUUUCCUUCUAUUUUUGCGCAUGGCUUUAUAGGACGUGACCUGAAGUCCAGUUUAAUUCUUCAAAACACUACUCUGUCCAUGGAGUGAGUAUUAUUAUUGUUAUUAACUAGGAAAAAGAAACAUUUAGUGAAGUGUUAUAAAUGCUGUUUUAUUUUUACGCCUUUUUUAUUUUAAAUAAAAUACUAAUUUUGAACAUUUUAUCAUUUACCUUUAAUAAUCUACAAUAUUAACACUAUGUUUGUGGUAUUUUUUUUUAAUGAAUAUUGUUAUUGUAACACUAGAGAGAAUCCUAAAAGAAAUCUGUUUAUAUGGAAGUGCAGUGUAAAUAGCGACAGGGCCAAAGAGCGACUGUUAAUUUAUUCAUCCGCUCAGUAAAGUCGAGCCCGUCUUUCUCCCUGUGAAAUAUUGUACAUUCUGUUAAUACACUACGAGGUAAUUCAUGUAGAAAAGCACACAACACAAAUACACACACAAACGUACACACUCGCUCCUUGUCCAGGUUCAUUUCAAUCGUUUUUGUUUCUUAUUGUCGUUUUUGUGUAAAAAUUGAAACAUUAUAAACUGAUUAAACUGAUGUUAAAAGUGAAGAUUUGCCUUUAACGUACACAGUUCACCCUGUUUUCUUUCGUUAUUUAAAACGUGUUCCUUUAUUGUUGUUGUGUUGUUGACUGUUUCUGUAUGUCAGUUAUUUUCAGCUCCACUGGAUUAAAUAAAACGUUUCAGUCUUCAGCAUGACGCUGACAUUAGAAAACACUGUGUUUGUUUUGUUUGAUCUGUACAUACACUUGUCCACUUGCUAACCAGUUAGCGUGCUGUGUUAGGUAACCGACCUACUAACUAGCUAGCAGGAUAAAGUUAGCGAUGUUUAUCAGUUUGAGACAGAAAAGAGAAAUGAAAGUGUUGUUCUAUUUUUUUGACAUAUUAAAUAUUUUAUUCCUCCA